AUGAUCGUGGCUCUGAGUCACAAAGGAGCCUUUCGGGAGGCAGAUCUAGGAACUACGUGGCGCGCCGUAGCGCCCGUGCAGACUACAGAAGCCCAAAUCGGCCCCACCGGGGCCCAGACUAUUAUCGGCGUGCCUAUCGCAAUCGGAGCCCCGACUACGGCGAAAAGUACCGGCGCAGAAGUCCUUCUGGAGCCCGCUAUGGGCGAGACCCACGUCCAUACAGAGGUGGGCGUAAUCCAGCUUAUCGACACAGCAGAAGCCGCUCUCCGUUGCCGCGUCGUAGCAGGAGCGCAGAGUCGGCCUACAGGAACGAGAGGUAUGUUCGGAACGAUGUGCCUUCCGCAAGGUUUGGCAGCAGAGCCUCCUACCUGCGAUCGAAGGAGGCAAACCGCGUGCCAUCUCGCAGCCCAUCACGCGCUGGUCGACGCAAGAGCCCUUUACGGGGGGAGCAGAUGGGCCGGCAAGAUAGUCAACUGUCACGAUCGCAAGGGCGAAAUUCAAAGUGGUCUAGGAGUGCUAGCAGAUCAGGCAGUUGGGCCAGACGAAGGCAUGCAGCGACCACGAGCCGACGUUCACCAGUCAAUGAAAGGAGGUCUAGCAGAAGACUGUCCGACCCCUGACCUCGUUUCCUCUCGACCUGAUAAUGUUGACAGCAAAGGAACAAGUUCAGCGAGACCAUCUUUAGGCCGUCAAGAAAAACGAACGCCCGGGCAGGAAACCUCUCCAAAGCGAGCAAAAGACAACGUCUUAGGGGAAAGGUCUGCUGACGGAGGUCCGCCAGAAGCGCCACGCCGUAGGAGUGAGGCUCGUGCAUCGGCCAGACAAUCUCCAUCAGUUUCACGCUCCCCGUCAAGCCGAACGAGGGCUCCUGCAGUUCAACGGGACGAGGGAAAAGAGCGUGCGCCUAGCUGUCCUGCGGCACCACCAACUGAGCAGCCUGCUCCGGAAAAGAGUAGGGAGAGUAGGGAGUUUCAUGAGGCAAAAAUGGUUUCUGGAGACACCGGAGCAUGCGUUCAGAAGCGCUGUUCACAGGAGGAAGAGCCCAUCCAAGAUCAAGACGAACCACCAACCAAAAUGGAGGAUCAGCCUCCGCCGUCUAUGGCCCAGAGCAGCCGCUCCUCACCAACUCAGAGGCAUGACGAAAGGCGACAGUCCGAUGGACCCGCACAUGACGAUGAUGUGCGCUUUGAUGGACGACCUGUAGAAGCUUCUUCUGCUAACAGUGCAUCAGCAACCUCCACAGAUUGUUUGCGGACAACACAUGAACCAGGGAACCCGCGUGCAAGGCUGCCUUCAGAAGAGAUUGGACGCAACGUGGAAGUUGACAGAACAACUGUAAAGCGUAGAAUUGUGGCUACGGAACCCUUGCCACCCUUGGAAAGCGCGGAUAUAUAUAGAACGUAUCGGGAACCCUCCCCAAGAGGAUACUCAAGGUUCCAGGCCCAGCGUUUCCCGCGCGAGAGAGGCGAGCGCUUUCUCCCGGUCAUGAAUAGAUUUCAACCAUUUCAACCCCCGCCCGGCCAGAAUGCAUGGAACCGGCUGGAGAGAGAUGAGCGGUUUGAUUUCCCGCAACCUCUGUAUCCCAUUAACACGGGAAGAUCUGUGCGAUUGGUGCCCAGACGCGGUGAUAGGAAUCUACUGAUUACUGCGCAACAACGUUUUAGAAACGCGACUCCAAGCGAGUCUCAUCAUGUGCAAGUGUACAACGGGAUGUUCCAACAGCAUCCAGCUCAGCCGAACCAACGCCACCUUAGAAGGCCACCUGUUCAUCUUCAACCGGGUGUGGGACGCAACCGAAAGAUGGGUGAAACACUCGAGAGAGUAGACGACUGA